CAAAAAGCCGGCUCCAGCCUCGCAAAACGCGCCUGUUGCAAGGAGCGCCGACGAGCGCAGUUGCCGGGCCUGCUGCGCUUUUUUUGCGCGCGCCCAGCAGUGCUAAAUCCGCCGCGCGCGCGUGAAACGCCGCCGCACGCGGCGCUUGGACCCCGGGGGUCCCCGGCCGCGCGGCAGCGCAGGAGGGCCGUGGCGCAGCGUCUGCUUCGACGGCGCACGCACCGAAAUAAUCUGAGUGGUAAGCCAGGGGAUUUCGGGCGUGCGACAGGAAGCCGACCGCGCCGCCUACCUUAUUUGUUUUUUUCGAGUCGUUUGUAAUUAAAUCAUGGUGAUCCUCUCGGCCGCCGUGACGACGAAGAACGGCCGCGCCCUGCUGUCGCGGCAAUUCGUCGACAUGAACCGGUUGCGGGUGGAGGGCUUGCUGGCCGCGUUUCCCAAGCUCCAAGGGACAGGCGCCGCGCGGCGCCCAAAUCAAGACCACGGUGCCUUCAUUUGCUGCUGACCGCCACGCCAUCGACGCGCCUGCGCGAUGGCGACGCCAUCGACGCGCCUGCGCGAUGGCGUACCGGCGGCGGCGCGUCCGUUGAUUGAGCCACGAGCACCCAACUCACCGGUCGAAACACAGGCAACAAGCAGCACACCUUCGUAGAGACGGAUAGCGUACGAUACGUCUACCAGCCCGUCGAAAGUAUAUUCUUGUUGCUCAUCACGAACAAGGCGUCGAACAUCGUCGAGGACUUGGAGACGCUACGAUUGUUAAGCAAGGUCGUCCCCGAGAUCGCCGGAGGGACCAGUGAAGACAAGGUGAGCGACCACGCCUUCGAGCUAGUUUUUGCGUUUGACGAGGUCAUCACGACGGGCGGCUACCGCGAAACUAUUGAUAUGAGGACCAUCCGGCAAAACCUCGACAUGGACUCGCACGAGGAAAAACUCGCCAAUAUGGUCAAGAAGUCGAAACUCGACGCGGCGAAGGACCAGGCCAAGCACAUGUCCCAGGUCAUCAAGCAGAGACAAAGGGAUGCGAUGAAGACCGGGAUGGGCGGCGGCGGUCCCAUGGCCGGGAUGGGCGGUGGAGAUAUGGAUGAAGACGACGAGUAUAACGGUGGCAGUCCCUUCGGCGGCCAGCAGAACGGCGAUAGCGAUUUCAUGGAUGCCUACGCGAAUCCGGCGCCACCUCCCGAACCGGAACCGAUUAUUCAAGUCCAGGGCAUGAAGCUGGGCAAGAAGAAGAAGGGGAAAGUGGAUCUCAUGUCGAAGAUGGCCGCGGAGGACGGGUUAGAUGUGCGCGCUUCCAUGCCUCAGGAAGAGAUUGCGGACGCGCCGCCGCCGCCGCCUGCCGCUGCGACGUCCCAACCCAUCGCUUUGAGUGUUGAAGAGAAAUUAACUAUCUCCCUGUCGCAGGAGGGCGCCUUGGAGGCCUUUGAUUUGAAGGGUACUCUAUCUCUCACGGCGAACGAUGACGUCGCCGCAGCUUGCAGAUUAACGGUCGCUCAUAAGACGGCAGCUGCGGGCACGACGUUCGCGACUCACCCGAAAGUGGACAAGAAGGCCUGGGAGAGCGACGGCAUCGUGCAGAUGAAGGGCAACGCGAAGGGCUUCCCCGUCGGUCGGGCCGUGGGUGUGGUGCGAUGGGCUUUAUCUACCACAGAUGAACAACAGGUACCUCUAACGAUCAACUGCUGGCCGGAAGACGAGGGCGACGGCCAGAUGAACGUGAACAUCGAGUACACGGCUGCUCGUAGUGGUAUGGAGUUGUAUGAUGUCUCGAUUAAGAUUCCCGGGUGUGCUUCGAACCCGGAGAUCGUCUCGGUAGAUGGCACGCACCAGCACGAUGCUCGAUCGGAGAUCUUGGACUGGCAGCUCGACUGUAUUGAUUCCGGGAACCCUACUGGUACGCUCGAAUUCAACAUCGCGCAGAAGGACGAGGGCGCGUUCUUCCCCAUCGAGGUCUCCUUCCGGUCCAAGUCCCUCUACUACGACGUGCCUAUCAGCAGCGUCGAGAGCACGGAGGGCCACGGGUCCAUCGGCUACUCGCUCGACAAGAAGGUGACGGUGGAUUCCUUUAGAAUCGCUUAGGAGGUCGCGCGCCUUCCCGCGCGUCGGCUAAGUGGGGCAACCAA